UGUCAACAACAUGGCUGCUCCCUGGCGAGCUGGGCGAAGGUUACUGUGAGCCUCAAUGCGGCUGGGGAAUAUUGGAGGAGCAACCUACUGCUGGGAGAGUAAGGAAAUUAAUAACGAGGACACCACUGUGACCUGUUGUGGGCUGCGAGAUACAUAUUUUGAAAAAUUAAUACUCAAGAUGGAAAAUCAUGAACCGGAUGAUACUGCCAAAGAAAACUUAAUUUUCAACAUUAUAACCAGAAAAAUUAACCAACUUCCAGAAGCAGACAGGAAUCUACUUGAACAUGGGUCAACAUAUGUAGGAAUUAACGCAGCUCUCUGUGGAUUAAUAGCAAAUAGUCUUUUUCGACGUGUCUUAAAUGUGACCCAGGCUCGCAUAGCUUCUGGCUUACCAAUGGCAGUGAUCCCUUUUCUGACAGCAGAUCUAUCUUACAGAAGUUUUGUAAAUAUGCCUUUGAGUACAGGUGACUUGAAUUGUGAAACAUGUACUGUGACACGGGGAGGAUUGGUUGGUUUUGUUUUGGGUGGUCUUUACCCUGUUUUCUUGGCUCUACCUGUGAAUGGAGGCCUAGCAGCCAGGUAUAACUCAGCUCUGCUACCAGAGAAAGGAAACAUCUUAAAUUACUGGAUUAGAAUUUCUAAACCUGUUUUCAGGAAGAUGCUGUUUCCCAUUUUGCUUCAGACUAUGUUUACUGCAUACCUUGGGUCUAGACAAUAUAAACUACUUAUAAAGGCUCUCCAGUUACCUGAAACUGGCCUAGAAAUUUAAUGAGUGCUAAGCAAGUAUGUACACAAAAAUAAAAUCGUGUAAUUAAUCUAUGUCUAAUGUAUGAAUAAACAUAAAGACUUGCACUUUG